AUGGAGCUUUCCCGGAUACGACCCGCACUUGCCGUAGCGCUGCUCGCGCUAUGUGUUGCGCUCUCCGCGGUCUCCGCGCAAGCAAAUUCUUCCUAUGGAGGAUCGCGCACGUUGUCUCGAGCAACUCGAAACAUGGCGGAUAUUAAACUUGUGGAGGAUGACGAGGAAGUGGAAAGUACUGAUCUAGAGGGUGACGAGGAUUGGUUCAAACAGGGAUCGCACCCCAAGGGGUCCUGUACCCCCGUUAAAAGCAACGUCACUAUCCCGAUAAAGACUGCCGCCGAUUUCCAGAAGCGGAAACAGCAGGGCCGCAACCAAACCGUCGUGCUUAUGCUGCAGAACAGCCUGCUGCUCAGUCAAGGAAGCGGGUUGCUCUUUGACGGGGAUUUCUCCUGCACUAUUUUUACCGCCGCGAAACCCAACCUGUAUAUCAAAUAUAACGACGACGAUAUGCCGACGCUUCGCAUAUGGAACACGAGCAACGUGCUUGUAUACGGCAUCAAUUUCCUCGUUGCAGUCACGGCCGCAUCGCCCCAAUGCCCGAACGUACCCGAGGUCGGUACGGGGGUCAACUGUCCCGCCGUACACAUCUCCCGGUCGUACGGUGUCAUCUUCGGCAAGUCUACAGUGUUCGGGCGCGUGGACGUUCACAGGAGCAUGAAUUCGCGAGUCGACAGCAUCAAAGUUACCGGCACCCCGACUUUCGCCAGUUCGCACGGAGUCAUUCGCGUGGCGUACAGUGGCCACAGCACGAAGCUUAUCAAGGCGAACAUCGCUAUAUCCAAUAACGAGGCGUAUGGUGUGGACACCCCGAUCGUCUUAUAUCGAGGCGCAGUGGGAGUGAAAGUGUUCCGAAACUACGUGCACGAUUUCAUCUUCGCGGGAAUCCGGUGCGGCGCGGACGUGCAUUUUGCGGGCGACUGUAUGAUGACGAAUGUCUCCAACAACCUUGUAGUCGCUAAAGGACGCAACACUAACGGGGAUCACGACGCGGCGGGGAUCUACUAUUGCACGCACUGGUUCAACCCGGGGAACGUGGCGCAGUGUAACUACGUCUUUAAUGGCGACCACUGCUACUAUUUGGACUAUGACACGUCGGACGUGCGCAUCCGGGGCGGCGCGUGUAUUAACACGUACGACGGGAUUAAAGUCAACAAUGGCAAGAGAAACGUGAUCAAAGACGUGGUAAUGAAGGGACAGAUCGGUGCAGUGGGGUGGUGCACGUGCCUCACGCCCACGGUGAACAACUGCCUCAAGGAUCCCGGGCUGUACUGGGAGAACAUGCGCAAGGCUUACUAUGACACCCCGGCAUUCAGAAAGUACUGGCCGUGGUGGAAGAACGUGUGUCAGGAGAGUGCAGUCAAUGGGCAGAACUGCAACCCCCCGGGCGGCAUGACCGCCGCCCAGACCGGCAAAUGCAGCGGCCUGGCCACCGAGAACCAGCUAGAUUUGAUCCUCGUGAACACAACGAGAGAGAACCUCGACACCAGCAACGAUGACGGCGCGUCGUACGGAAAUGACGACUACGGAGGCGCGGCUGCCGGCAGCCCGCCGGCUUUCUCGGACGGCGACAGCAGCUUUGACGGUGGGAGCGGCGGCAUUGACGGCGCGUCAAAAUCCGCAUUUGGGAAAGCCACUUUUGGCGGGAAACCGAGCCGCUGGAGCGGUGACCAGGACCUAGAUUCUGACAUAGGCGGUUCCGGUUUAGGAGGCUCCGGUCUUGGAGGCUCCGGCUUUGGAGGAGCUAGUUCCUGGAAAUCCGGGAAGGGUAUCGGAAGAGGAGGGGGAGCGCGGUCCGCAUGGGGGGGAAACGAUGACGCGGACGGCGCUGGUGCAGGGCUCAGUGGGUCGAACUUUCCUCGAAGGUUCGCGGAAGGUUCUGAUGAUGACACUGGAGAGGAUCCGCUGUAUCCGAGGGACAGCCGGCAAGUGAUUGAUGCGAUUGGUGCUCUUAGCGGGGGGAGGGGAGGCUUGAAACGAGGGGGGAUGCAAGGCGGGGACUACGAGGAGGAGGAGAGUGAGGGGUUGAGUGCGGUUGGGAGGGGUAGGAGCGGGAGGAAAGGGAAGAAGAAGCGUGGGAAGAAGAAGAAGCGGACGAAGAGGAGGGGGAAGAAGGGGAAGCGUGGGAGCAAGACGAGAGGAAAGCGGAGAGACGGUUUGGACAAUACCGAGGAGGAUUAUGACGAGGAUGAGGAUGGUGGUCUUGGAAGCAGCGGCAUGGGCUUUGCCAGGAAGCGUACAGGACCCUCCUUCUCCUCCUCCUCGUCCUCCUUCCCUCGCAGCAGCAGCUUAGGAGCUUUGGGGGGAAAUGACGAUGAUGAUGAGGCUGGUGCUGCUGGUGGUAUGGGUGGCAGGGGGAUGGGGGGUUUCGGAGGCGCAGGUGCAAGAGGAGCAGCAGGAGGAGCGGGAGGAGCAGGAGGGGUGGGCGGGGAGGCAGAUGAAUUGGAAGAGGAUGAUCUUACUGCAGGCUCUGAUACCAGUAGCAGCAGCAGCAGCAGCAAGGCAGGGGGGUCGUCUGGGGGGAUACUGGGAUUUUUCUCGAGCAUGUUUGGUGGGGGGAAGAAGACAGGCUCAGCUGGGGACGGGGCCACAGAUGGGGGCACCAGUGGAGGUACUGGGGGGGGUGCAGCAGGUGAUUGGGACGAGGAGGAGGAGGGUGGUAUGGGCGUGGGAGGGAACACAGGAGGGAGUGCAGGAGGGGGCACUGAACGGGGUUUAGGAGGGGGCCUGGGGGGGGUUGUAGGAGGGGGUGUGGGGAGGAGCAGCAGGGCGUCUGGGUUUGAGGAUGGGGAGGAGGACAUGGAAAGCUGGCAGGGAAUAGGAAUAGGGGCGGCAGCAGGUGGUAAUGAUACCACUAGCAGCAGCAGCAGUUUGGGAGGGGGUGGUGGUAUUGGAAGCAGCGGCUCUGGCCUGUGGUCGUGGUUUUCUAAGAAGAGCACUGGUGGUGACAGCAGCAGCGAAGGUGAUGCUAGCGCUGAUGCGUCAUCAGUAGCAGCGGGAGCAGCGGCGGGAGGAGGUGCAGGAGCAGCAGCAUUAACAGGUGGGGGUGAUGUAGAUGAUUAUGAUGGGGAUGGGCGGGUGGGUGGAGGGGUAGCAGGAGGGGCGGGAAGGAUGGGAGGUGUUCGGGUUAGAGGUGCGGGCAUGGGAGGUUCGGGCAUGGGAGGUUCAGGCAUGGGAGGUUCGGGCAUGGGAGGUGUGGGCAUGGAUGAUGGUCCGUCGCAGCGGACUGGCUCGUUUGGGGAGAGCCAGGAUCCAGAUGGGAUGGAGGGCAGCAGGGUGGGGCGUGGGGUGGGGAGGAGCAGGGGGGGGAGAGUGAGGGGACGGCCAGGUAUGGAAGGCAUGGAAGCAGGCGAGGGUAUGGAAGCAGGGGAGGGUAUGGGGGGUGGUAGGGGUGGUGCUAUUGGUGGGGUUGGCAGAGGUGUGAGGAGUGGCUUCAGGACUGGUCGGAUGGGCACUGCUGGUGGUGCUGGUGCUGGUUUUGUUGGUGCUGCAGGUGGUGGUGCUGGUGUUGGUGGUGCUGCUACUAGUGGUGGCGCAGCUAGCGUGUCGCUGGUGCUAUCAGAGAGCGCGUCGUCGGACAUCCUCGCUUGUUCCUUCCUCCUGGCGACCACCAUGCUUGUCGCUUACAUCUCCAAGAAGCACCACUGGGUCUACUUCCCUGAAUCCUUCUCCUCCUUCACACUUUUGCUCCCCUGUCCUUUCUUGCCUCACUGCAUGGCAGACGUGCAGGCGCCAACGCUCCUCUACAAUCUGGUGUUUGGAGAGAGUCUCGUGAACGAUGCCGUCUCCAUCGUGCUCUUCCGCACCUUCGCCUCUUUCACCAAUCAGGAAUUCUCUAUGGCCAGCAUUGCCACUGCGAUAGUCCAGUUUCUGGGCAUCAGCGUGGGCUCCAUCCUCCUGGGAAUCCUCGUCUCCCUCCUUUGUGCCCUCGCCCUGCGAUUCAUUGACAUCAACAGCGAGUUCUCCAAGUUCGAGCUAUCCCUUGUGCUCGUCUCGGGCUACCUCUCCUACUCCGUGGCUGAGAUGCUCUCUCUGUCCGGCAUCAUGGCCCUCUUUUUCUGUGGCAUCUGCAACGCACAUUACGGGUACUACAACAUCUCACACGCGUCCAAGAUCAGCAGCAAGUACGCGUUUGAAGCGCUCUCUUUCAUGGCAGAGAUGUUCGUCUUCGCUUACUUGGGCAUGCAGGUGGUGGUGAUGGAGCAUGUGAUCGACUGGGGUCUGCUGCUCUCCGCCAUUCCUCUCUGCCUCAUAUCUCGAGCCUUCAACGUCUUCCCUCUCUCCUUCCUCUCCAACUGCACGCAGGCCAACAAGAUCCCCACCAACAUGAUUCUAAUGAUGUGGCUCAGCGGCCUAAGGGGCGCCAUUGCCUUCGCUCUCGCCCUCAACAUGCCGCAGCGCAACCCUGCCAUCAUCUCCACCACCCUCCCCCCUGCGUUUUCCUGUGUUCCCUGCAUCCCCUGCGUUUCCCCCUGCGCAAUAUGCCCCACUGUGUCUCCCUGCCAUCAUCUCCACCACCCUCCCCCCUGCGUUUUCCUGUGUUCCCCACCCCAGGGCCAACAAGAUCCCCACCAACAUGAUUCUCAUGAUGUGGCUCAGCGGACUAAGGGGAGCCAUUGCCUUCGCCCUCGCCCUGAACAUGCCCCAGCGCAACCCUGCCAAUCCAACAAGAUCCCCACCAACAUGAUUCUCAUGAUGUGGCUCAGCGGACUAAGGGGAGCCAUUGCCUUCGCCCUCGCCCUGAACAUGCCCCAGCGCAACCCUGCCAAUGGCCAACAAGAUCCCCACCAACAUGAUCUUAAUGAUGUGGCUCAGCGGGCUGAGGGGCGCCAUUGCCUUCGCCCUCGCCCUGAACAUGCCGCAGCGCAACCCUGCAAUCAUCUCCACCACCCUCUUUGUCGUUGUCCUCACCACCGUCGUCAUGGGCGGCUCCACUUGUCCUCUUCUGCGCGCCCUGGGCCUCUCCGCCGCCCCGUCUCACGCUCCUCCCAGCCACGCGCAUGGCUCUCUCUCUAG